UAAACCAUAUGAUUAGUCUGUACACUUGUCAAAUCAAAUUUAUGGGAGAGAAUAUGAUUUGACACCCUAAAACUGAACCUACCAUGUAAAAUUUUAAUUUUUAGGCCUAGUGUUACAUAUAUUUUAUUGUUUAGAUAGAAUGAAUGCACUAAGUGAUCCGGACUUUAACCUGCGGCAAGAACUGCUUAACUUGGAUAUAGCGGAUUUGGAUGAUGAAGAAUACGAAAUACCACCGGUGGAGAAGACACCAACGUUAGAAAGUAUACUGAAUAGUGAUGACACUUCUCUGCUUAGUGAAGAUGAACUAUCGAGUUACCUGUCUCGUGAGUUGGGCUUGGAGGAGGGGGGCGAGACGGCAUCGUUGAGCUCUGUUGGUAGCCGCAAGGAUGGCCACAGUCCGCGGCACCGUAGCAGUGGUUGUAUACUGCGCCAUGUCAUUCUCAAGGCUGUGUCCGCGCAACUACGCAGUGCCUCGGAUCGGGUAAAUGCAGGCAAGCCGACUGUGAUGGCAGUGACAACGAUGGUCAGUGUAGGAACUUCACAAGGGUUCAUUCUAAUGUUUGACUCCACCCAAACAUUGAAAUGGUGCUACGAAGGGGACCAGGAGCAGGGAGCUGUCAGCUGCUUGGCUCUGAACGUGGAUUGUACCAGACUGUUGGCUGGGUUCGCUCGAGGACUACUCCUGAUGUUGGAUACUGCUGAUGGCAAAGUCCUGAGGACCAUGGUGGACGUCCAUACACCGUCCACUGCCGUUCUUCAUGUCAAGUUCACAGACAAUCCGACGUUGGCCGUAGUGAGUGACAGUGGAGGCUCGGUGUUCGAGCUCAGUUUCCGUCGCACCCUCGGCGUGCGGGGAGUAGACUCCAAGUGUCUGUUCUCAGGCAGUCGCGGGGAGGUGGUCACCAUAGAGCCACUGCUGCUGCAUCAACUAACCUCCCACCCCUUACACGGCUCUGUACUCAUUGCAAUGGCCACCCUGUCCAAGGUGAUCAUCGUCAGUAUCCGACCCAGUACCAGGUUGCUGCUGACUCACUCGGUCAAGGCAAGUCCAGUGUCGCUGCCGCUCCUAUCGUGGCAGUUCGUCAUUAUUCAGGUGGCGGACACUCAGAGGAUCAUGGAUCCUGUGCUGGCCUUCGCCAGGGACACUACCAUAUACUUCUACCAGGUGAGUGUUGAGGCCAGCGGCCGAAUCGCCUGCGUUACCCUGCAGCAACUCAACCUGGGCUACUCACUGCUGGCUUGUCACUGGCUGAACGCGCGCUCACUGGCACUCAUCGAUGCGUCUGAGGCCCUGCACCUGGUGGACGUGCGCUCGCGGGAGCAGCUGGAGACACUCGACCUGGCCGGCGUGGGUCUGGUCUACAACACCAGCAGCUUCAAGGGCCUAGCUACGGGUGGCAACGUCAGCAAAGCUCUGGCAUUGGCUGGGGAGAGAGCAUGUUACAACACGGUGCAGAGCUUCGGUAACCAGAUACUGCUGCUGGGGACCCGUUCCUUCCACGUCAUCAGCAUCCGCACGUGGAUAGAGCGGGUCAAUCACUUUGUGGAUCAGAACAGGUACGGGGAAGCUUUGAAAUUGGGGAUGGAGUUUCUUGAGGAGAAGGGAAAAGCAGUGCUGGGUCUUCGAGGGCCGAGGAAACAUCGGCACCGGAUAGUACGAGAGAAGGUACUGGACACCCUGAACACUUACGUGGACAAGACUCUGGAGUCUGGAGACAGUAUUAGUUACCAUGAGGCCCUUCCGUCGAUAAUCAACCAUUGUGUGCAGCUGGACCAGAAAGAGCUGCUGUUCACCAAGGUCUGGGACGGCCUGUACUGUGACCCUGGCGCCAGAGCCAUCUACCUGCAGAGUCUGGAGGCUGUGGUGUUGGAGGGUAAGCUGAGCUCUGUACCUCCGGAGAUCAUGCAGCAGCUGGUCAAGCAGUUGGAGCAGAUGGAGAAAUGGCAGGUGCUGGAGAGGUGCGUGUUGGCUGUGGACAUUGUCUGUAUAGACAUAGAACAGGUGCUAGUGUUGUGUCGACAACAUGAUCUUCACGACGCUCUCAUAUCCGUGUGGAACAGAGCGAUGCUGGAUUACACCAGUCCCAUACACGAGUUGGUGCCGCUUCUGCAGACGUUGCUCGAUCAGGGUGAGGUGGAACGGGGACGUUGCCUUGGAAACCGACUGCUGGUAUACCUCAGCUGCUGCCUGUCAGGACGGGGAUAUCCCCAUGGGGAUCUCCCUCCCAGCUCCGUGGAGACAGUGAGGCAACAAGUAUUCAAGGCCCUCUGCAGCCAGCAUACUGUCAAUGCCACGGACUCCGAAGUUUGCUACCCCUUCCUUAGAAUUCUGCUGCAGUUUGAUACUCGCGAGUUCCUGAAUGCUUUGGCGAUUGCGUUCGAAGAUCCUCAAUUUUCAUCACAACUGCGUCAGAGAUUGGUCAACAUCCUGAUUCAAGUUAUGGUGGAGGGGGAGGGUUUUGCUUCAACGCAGGUGGGGUGGCUCUUCACGUUUCUUGCCAGUCAGCUGUCGCGCUCGCACUGUGUGCUCCGCGUGGACACCAAGCUGUUUGAGCGCGUGGUGGCACAUCUCACUGCGCCAGGCCAGGACAGCACUCACAGCGAGCGCCAAGCUGCGUUCAGUCAGCUGAUGGCGGCCGGAGGGCUGGCACAUUACACUCACCAGGACCUGCUCGCGCUCGCACGCUCGGCAGAGUUCUAUCAGGUGUGCGCCACUCUACACGAGCGCAGGGGCGAACACCGGCAGGUACUCAAGUGCUAUCUGCUGGACAACGGCAGGAAACACAGGGUGUUCAACUACAUAGAGCAGUCUUCGCACAAGUCCGACCUGCAGUCCGCGGUGCUCGACAACAUUGACGGUCUGUUGGACAUAGACGCGACAGAGACAGGCCACAUGGUGCAGAGACAUUUCUCCCAGAUCAUUCCUGACAUUGUCCCUCUUCUGUCGGACAAGCAGCUCUACCUAUUCCUCAAGGGUGUUCUGUUGGAGGGGGAGCUGGAACCACCUCUGAUGACCAGGUACUUUGUGCUGACUUGCCAUCUAGAUCCAGAGCUGGCCUUACCUCUGGUGCAGGCUAACAAGAACAUCCAACUUGACCAGGCUAUCCAGGCCUCAACCGAGCAAGGGCUGGACGAAGUAACAGCAGUAUUAUUAGAACGCUCCGGAGACCUCCAGGGGGCCUUCGACCUCCUGCUCAACAGGCUUCACUCUUCCAUGGACAAGGGAGAACCGCUAGAAUCUCAGAUGCAAGAGUUGGUCGGGUUGGCACACCGAGGGAACAACGUCAUGGACCCUCGUAAAUCCUGGCUCCCUCUUCUGCAGUGUUUGCUCAAGCUCAACUCUCACGAGAUGCUGAGGCAGGUGCUGAGUAACACGGAUCUGAACCUGGCCUCAGAGUUACACCUGCUGCUGGAGCACACCAAUGGCACUCUGGGCCAGUUGCGGCCUCUCAUAAUGGGACUGUUCGAAAAGUGCGUACACGAGAAGGCGAUGUUGCGGACGACAGUCCAGCUGCAGUACCAGGACUUGCACAGUCAGCUGCAGAAAGUCCUGCAAGACUCGCGGAGGGGUCAGCUGGUACCAUCUAGCUGUUCGACAUGCCAGUACACGCUGCAUUCCACCCUGCAUCUCUUCAGAUGUGGGCACAUAUUCCACGUAGACUGUUUGGCCUCUCCGAGUCAUUGUAAUGAGUGCUAUAAACCUGAAGUUCCAGGUUAACCAAAGAUAUUAUCGUCAGUCACUACUCUUCACAAUAUAUUUGUUAUUUAUUGUUACCUGUUUAAUUUAUUAGUUAUCUAUUAUACGUUUUAUACGAAAAA